AUGGGCCCUAAGCCAGGUCAAAAGACGGUGCUUAUCACCGGUUGCACCCCGGGCGGUAUUGGCCAUGCGCUGUGCAUGGAGUUUCAUGCCAAAGCCACGGAUCUCUCCAUCCCCGACGUGCGCGAAACCUUCGAGACCAACGUGUUCGGGGUGAUGGCGAUGUGCGCGGCCUUCUCGGACCUUCUCAUCACCUCGCGCGGGCUCAUCAUCAACAUCGCCUCGCUGGCGGCCAUCACGCCCUACGUGUUCGGGUCGGCCUACUGCGCGACCAAGGGCGCCGUCACGGCCUACUCGCGCACGCUGCGGCUGGAGCUGAAGCCGUUUGGCGUAAGGGUCAUGGUGGCGAUGACGGGGACGGUGAGGAGUCAGAUUGCGAGUCGCGUGCAUAGGACGCUGCCCGAGGGGAGUAUCUACGAGAGGGUGAGGGGGCUGUUUGAGAAGAGGUUGACCUUCUCGCAGAAUAAUGCUACGGUGGAUACGGCGGAGUAUGCACGGAAGUUGGUGGCCAAUGCCCUCGCGCCCGAGUGGCCGUUGGUGUUGCGCGCGUGGUUUGGGAGGGCAGAUUGGUUCUGGGCUGGGGGGUGGUCGACUAAGGCGUGGUUUGCGACGUGGUUUGGGGAGUGGUUGUUGGAUGUGGUGCUGUAUCGGAUGAUUGGGAUGAAGCAGUUGGAGGGGGUGUUGAAGGAGGAGGAGAGGAGGAAGAAGUUGGCGUAA